GACAGCCAACAUGGCCGCUCGUCAUGUGGAUGUCAAUGAACGCCGGCUUCGUCCUGUUUACGAUGCUCUUGAUUUAAUGAACAACAAACAAGCAAUCCAGCUUGCAGACAAAAUACUAAAGAAGCAAAAAGUCCUGCAUUGCGCAAAGGUAUUGAAGUCUUUGGCCCUGCUAAGGUCUGGACGGCAAGCAGAAUGUGCAGCGCUAAUGGAAGAAGUUGUGAGCGCGAAACCUUGUGACGAACCGACCCUACAAGCAAUGACUAUCUGUUUUAGAGAAUUGCAAAAACCUGAAGGCGUGGCAAAAAUAUAUGAUGCAGCAGUAAAGCAGUGUCCAACAAAUGAAGAAUUCCACUCGCAUCUCUUCAUGGCUUACGUGAGGAUAUCUGACUACAAAAAACAGCAACAGGCUGCUAUGAAUUUAUACAAGGCUUUUCCCAAAAAUCCCUACUAUUUCUGGUCAGUCAUGAGCAUUGUAAUGCAGUCAAUACACUGUAAUGAUGAGCGGCUGUCUAAAACAAUGCUGCUUCCAUUAGCUGAAAGAAUGAUAGAAAAGUUUGUUAAUGAAGGCAAGAUUGACGCUGAAGCAGAGGUCCAUUUGUACCUUAUGAUUUUAGAAUCUUUACAAAAGUAUGACAAGGCAUUAGAGGUGUUAAAAGGCCCCUUAGGAGAAAAGCUAGUUAGUAAUCCACUAGAGCGUGAAGAAAAACAAGCACUUUAUCUAAUGAAGAUGAGUAGAUGGGCAGAUGCAAAUAUUGCCUACAAGAAACUGAUAGAAAAAGUUCCAGAUCAGUGGAGCUACUAUCAGUCAUAUUUUAACUCAUUAACAGCCUUGAUAGAUGAAAACUGGAAACCAUCAGAAGAUUUAGAGAAUGGAAAAAUCCCUGAUCAUGACAUUGAACAGCUUGCUAGAUUCCUGUCUUCUCUUAAAGAGGAACAAAUCGCUAAAGGAAAGCAAGCAUGUAGGGGUCCAUUUCUAGCACAACUGGAAGUGGAAAAACUUUUUAAUGAAGAAAAGCUUAAAGAUACAAGACAAGAUUCCAAAGCACUUUCUGAAUUACUUGUGGAAUAUUUUGAGAGAUUUGGUGACAAAAACUGCUUAUUCCAUGAUCUCACUCCUUAUUUAUAUCUCCUAAACAAAGGUCAACAAGAACAGUUCGUAGAGGUUUUAAAGAAGAAUUUACAAGGUGUAUCUGACGAUGACCCACAAUCAAAUCAUGUGAGUUUCAUUGUGGAAUCAAUUUUCAUUGCAAUUUCAAAAUACCUGUAAUGUUUUGGUGCGAAUCAAGGGUGGUGCCUCACAUGUGGGUAGUGUUUGUUGGUAUGUCCCUUGAUUUGAGGGUUUUUUAGAGGCUCCCCAAUUUUUCUCCUUCUGCACAAUCUAAAUUGCAAUUC